CGACCGAAAGUUGGCGCUCGCAGUCUUUCCGUUGUCAAUAACGGACACUGGCAGUAUCGUCCCGGCACAAAAUCCCGGAAACAUCUCGUUCGUGAAAUAUCAACGAAUCCCCCGAAUGUAACGUCGAGCCGUUGCGUUCUGGUUUACGCGUGAUUGGAAAUCGGUGAACAGGGAACGUGCUGUCGCGUAGGUUACACGACGCGCACCAUUUCAACGAGGAAUUCGGAAAAAACGGGCGUGCCUUGGACAGUCGGCGACGUCCCUGACGUGAAAAUACACACAACGGUAAGAGGUGGUGGACAACGGCUACGGGACUGCGGUUGAGAUUGCGACAAAAGGGAAGGACGUAGCAGCAAGCGAAGACAAAACACGACGAACACCGUGCAUGAACGAGACAGAGCUAGGAGGAACAUCGGCGGCGGCACUAGCGGCAACGGUGUCGGAAAGGGAAGAAUACGUGGGGCGAGGAACGGUGGAGAGGAACGCAGCACAGCCGCGUGAUUUUGAACGCGUACGCUGCCGUAACUGUCAACGGUCGGAUUUCGAAGUCUGGCGGACUACGCGGUCCUCCUAAGGCUUCCCUUUUGCCGGAGAAUCGCUGCGUUUUCGUCUCGACAACAUUGUCGACGUCGUUGUCGUCGUCGUUGUCGUUGUGGUGGUUCGAUCCGGUGAAAAACCGGCCGUCUUACGAUCGUUGCAACGGCGUGAGAACACGGACUAAAUGACCAUGGAAUACAAUAUCGAGACCGGCUAUAGUAUAAAUAUCAGGAGGACGGACGGUCGUGUCCACUCGGCGGUGGUUUCCGGGAUCGAUUGGGAGCAUCGUACCGUCACCGUAGAAUGGUUCGAAAGAGGAGAGACCAAGGGGAAAGAGGUGGAGAUGGAUGCGAUCGUCGCCUUGAAUCCUGACUUGACGAGUCAGAAAACCAUAGAGCCACCUGCGCAAGUGAACAAUCAUCACGUGGUGAUAUCCGCUAGAGCAAGGGAGUCUUCGGGCGAAGAGGACGAGGGGGUGGACGAGACAGAAACCCAAGAGGAGGGCUCUCUCGGACGGCACGGCGGUCACGCCGCAAGAAACGGCCUUGCAUCCGCAACGCUUCCUGUACGAGUCGUUACUGCUCUUUCGCAUUCGAUCAAGCCAUCGAUCCCAGUAAAAGCGGGUUCCAACAGGCAAAUGUCACGACAGUCGGGUCGGCCGACGAAUAUAAUGCCACCCAGCAACACCGUGAAUGGCCACGGUGAUUCCACCGGGUUGACAGGCCGACGGGAGAUGGAGAACAUUCCACCGACACCAACAACCGCUGCUUCCUGCAACGUCACCGCGACGCAGGCCAAGCAAAAGCAACAACAGCUACAGUCUCAGCAACAGCAGCAACAGCAACAGCAGGUGCAGAUAGAAAACGGACGAGCAAGGCGGUCGAACGUUGUGAAAGAGGUCGAGAGGUUGAAGAAGAACCGCGAGGAAAGAAGACAGAGGCAGGCCGAGUUGAAAGAGGAGAAGGAAGCUCUGAUGAACUUGGAUCCUGGUAAUCCGAAUUGGGAAUUCCUCGCUAUGAUAAGAGAAUACCAGAGCAGCAUCGAGUUUAGACCUCUUCGAGAGACAGAUGCCGUGGAGGAUCAUCAGAUUACGGUGUGCGUGAGAAAGCGUCCGCUGAACAAGAAGGAGAUUGCACGCAAAGAGGUGGACGUGAUCAGCGUGCCUAGUAAAGAUCAGAUGGUGGUUCAUGAGCCGAAAGCCAAAGUCGAUCUAACCAAAUACUUGGAGAAUCAAAUCUUUCGGUUCGACUAUGCGUUCGACGAAACGUGCAACAACGAGAUCGUCUACAAGUAUACGGCUAAGCCACUGGUGCAAACUAUAUUUGAAGGUGGCAUGGCCACGUGUUUCGCUUACGGCCAAACAGGAAGCGGAAAAACGCAUACUAUGGGCGGUGAUUUUAAUGGAAAGACACAGGACUGCAAAAAAGGAAUUUACGCGAUGGUAGCCAAGGAUGUGUUCAAAUGCCUCAAACUUGCCAAGUAUCGCCCGUUGAAUCUGAUCAUUUCCGCGAGCUUUUUCGAGAUCUACUCGGGCAAGGUAUUCGAUCUGUUGGCGGACAAGGAGAAGCUUCGUGUUUUAGAGGAUGGCAAGCAACAGGUGCAAAUAGUCGGAUUAACGGAGAAAGUGGUGGAGACCUGCGACGAAGUUUUGAAGCUGAUACAGCACGGGAACAGUGCCAGAACUAGUGGCCAGACUAGUGCAAAUUCCAACUCGUCGCGAUCGCACGCCGUUUUUCAAAUCAUAGCACGGACACCAGGCACGCACAAGGUUCACGGAAAAUUCUCUCUGAUCGAUCUUGCCGGUAACGAGAGAGGAGCGGACACCUCUUCUGCCAACAGACAAACUCGUAUGGAGGGUGCCGAGAUUAACAAAUCAUUAUUGGCAUUGAAAGAAUGUAUCCGUGCAUUGAGCCGCAAAGGCACACAUUUACCAUUCAGAGCUAGCAAGUUGACGCAAGUAUUAAGGGACAGCUUCAUCGGUGAAAAGUCAAAAACUUGCAUGAUAGCUAUGAUUAGUCCCGGAAUGAGUUCCUGCGAACAUUCGUUGAACACACUCAGAUACGCGGAUCGAGUGAAGGAGUUGGCCGCGACCGAUCCAACAGAAAUGAAAGCUUCUCCGACGGACGACGAACGGGAAUUAAAAAUCGAAGAGCAGUCGAACAACAGCGUGCUAUCGGAUAGCGAUUUGGCACAGCUCCGGUCUCUAAACGAAGGUGAAAUUUCGCAAGAUCUUUACACGUUCCACGAAGCGGUAUCCGCGUUGCAAAUGCUGGAGGAGGAAGUCCUAGACACGCACAAGAUGGUUAUGGACCACACGAAUAGAUUCCUGGAUGGUGCGCGCAAUGUGUUCAGUACGACUCACGAAGUAGACUACGACCAAGAAGAUUUGAGACGGAAAAGAACAAAGUUUGAGUCGCCCAACCUGAGGAGGUUCUUGUUACGUAGACGUCUGAUAGAGAGAAAACAGUUCUCCGACGAGUAUGCCCAAAAGUGGGAACAACUGUUGGUGCAGCAGCGCGAUAUCUUGAACGCCGCAAUCGAUCAAGUCAGUCAGUUUCGUGGGCAAUUGUUGCAAGAGGAACAGAUCAGCCAGAAGAUGACGCGAACUCGUAACUUACGAUACAAUUAACGUGGAUUCGUUUACGCGCGCGCGUCAGAAAGAAAGAGAGAGUGAUGAAGGGAGGAAGAGAGAGAGAGAGAGAGAAGGGCAGAAAGAAAGAGAGAAACGCAGGUGAAUGAAUGAAUGAAUGAAUGAAUGAAUAAAUGAAUGACAGAGCGAGCGAGCGAGUAAAUGUACGAGGUAGUAAUGGUGAUGGACGACAAUGGGUGAGGAAGGUAUAAUCAAAAAAAACAAGAAGAAGAAGAAGAAGAAGAAGAAGAUACUAGUAUAAGUUAAUUAACCAGAUUUAUCAAAUUUACGUUUGCGUACCUUUUAUCACAGGCUACGCGAUUUGCCUGCUUUUAACGAUACUAAACUUCAUAUUCCUAUUUUCUUGGCUUGUCAAUCGAUCACGAAUGAAUCAAAAGCUGGAAAUUCUUGCAUUCCACGAUGCUUUGAGAAAGAAGCGGCGAUAUCGAAGUUAACUGUAGCAGAGACGAUCAUCGUCCGUCCAUAUUCCUGGGGCAAACCAUGUUUCUUCUCCUUUUUUUUUUUUUCGUCCUUCCGCUUUCCCCUUCUGCCUCUCUCCUCUUUCCCGAUCGCUAGCUUGUUUCUUCUACUUGUGCACGCAGCACCUGAAUCGUAGCACGUAUCGACGUACGUCCGGUCGACAGUGCUCAGCGCGCGCUUCAUUUCAUUCGUGAGAAACCCUUGCCUUCUCAGCAAUUUUCUCGACGGCGUCAAAACGUCGCUAAACGAAAGCUGCUGCGUUCGUCGAACGAUCAAUCCGCGGAUAUAUCGACGUCACUGAUAAAGCGACUAUAAAAUCGACGAACGUACACGCGUAUACGUAUAGAUACGGUUAAAAGUAAACGAAGCGACAACGUAACGAAUCAAUUGCACGCACGUGUAUAUCCAUACAAUUGCCUGCGUGUCUCUUCUAUGCAUAACUUGUCCAGAGAUGAAAAACACGCGGUUACAGGAUAUCUUUUCGAAUCUUUUCUUCUUUCUUCAACGUUCGAUUCUCAUUCCUCGUCGAGAUAUUUUCAAAUAAAGGUUCACGUUGAUUGCCCAAUUUAUAUUGUCAUACCUUUAGUCCAGUCUCAGAUGGAUUGAAUUUUAAAAGGAACAUGUCUAUAAAAGAACUCUUUUUCUUUCGUCCAAAUAAUUGAAAUAAAUAACAAGGAGGAAGUUACAUACGCGUAUUCGAAUCUUGUGUAUAUUUGUACGUUUGUACGUUUGUACGUUCGGCGUAAAUUUCAUUCAAAAUAGGGUUGUGGUUUGUUUGUUAAACGCGUACAUAUUUUCAACGUUAUAUAACUUCGGUAGAUCGUGAUAGCCCCUGUUUCAAUGAAAAGAAUUACAAUUUAUUUAAGAAUUACAACGAUUAUCCCGAUAAUGCAUAUCACAUUUCCAAGAAAAUCAUCGAUUUAGAGUUCACAUGAUUUCACCGGUCUUUUUUGAAUACUCUUUUUUUUCCCUUUCCCCCCCUUUUUUUUUUAUUUAUUUUUUUUUAUCUCGAGAGUGUUAAAGUCGAUGCAACAAUUUUUUCUCUUACUUGCCGUCGUUUGAUUUCGUUUCCAUCAUUUUUCUUCAUACUCAACGGAGAAUAGCGAAUUCUCACAGACAUGCCUCGUAAAACACAUACCUAUGCACGCGCGUGUCUUUUUUUUCCUUGCCAAAACGACAAUGUCCGGCGGGUCUCGCGAUCGAUCUCGAUCUCUACCGAUCCGACCGAGCAAUGGAGCCGAGCACGACAUAGCAGGCAAGCAGAAACGAAGAGAGGAUGAAUGUGCACGAGUGGGGAAGCGUAUGUAUGUGUGUAACCGAGCGAAUGAACGAACGAGAGGAUAAAGAAGGAAGAGCGAAUGUGCGAAGAAUCGAUAGGUCGUCAACUUACGUUGUUGGCUAAAUAUGAUUUUUAUAGAAAUGUAUUUAUAUAGAUAAAAAAAAAAGGAGUACAUCGUUAUAUUGCAUUAAAAAGGAAAAAAAAAAACAAGAAGAAAAAAGAAAUGAAAAAAGAAGGAGAGAGAUUUGCACGUUUAGCGUAAAGAUUUUGUUCACUCGUGAUACGUGUUUCGAUCGAACGCGCUUGAAAACGAUGCGAAUUGUCUCUGUAUCGUUUCUUUCGCCGACGAAGCGUCAAUGUUUUAUUAGACGUGUAAAAAAUUAAAGUUUCGUAGCAGUCGAGGCAUUCAAUACUUUUUCUGGCCUUAUUAUUAUUAAUCGCAGUAUUGGGAAGUCGAAUAGCGACACAAGUUGGAAUCUCUGGAUACACCGAUACGAUAAUGGGAGCAACAUCGUUACGAUCGAUGCAUUGUUCGAUCCAUAAAACAUAUCGGGCUACAAUGGUGAUAUUACUUGUGAAAAGCUUGUCAACGAUAAAACUAUGAACAAAGGAGAGAACCGAGAUAAUGAUAUAAAUGAUACGCUGUCUUGCCUUAGUUUUUCACUUUCUUUUUUUCUUUUCUCUUUGUCAUAUGCAUAUCAAACGGAACGACCAUAAUUGAUUGAUAAAUGAACAAUAUCUAAUUGCUUUCAAGCUAGUCGAUGAUAAAAUGGCGCAACUUUGUUUAUCGUUUGCCGACAAACACGUCCCCACAGAUUAUCUUCUCGCAUAGAAAAUGGUAAAAAAGAAUACAUGAACGAAACGAUAUAGAAAAUAAUGGAUUUAUUAAAAGUAGCGUGUGUAUUUAAAUCAUAUCGCAAGUAACUUGACCAGCAAGUAGCGAUUACACAUCUGAUCAUACAUUUAUACGCGACAUUUUCAUAAUACGUUUGAUGUUGACAUUUAAAAUUCGCCUAAUUAAAUAUUAACUUAUGUCGUAUUCUUAAAUUACAUCACAGUCUUUGAUUCAGUUUCACACUGUUCGCCGUGUUCUCUAUGUCGACUGUUUUGGCGCAUACGAUAAAAGGUAGCAGAAAUUAUAAAUGGAAGCAUACCACGUCGUAUAAGGAAUCGCGUCGAUAACAGUUAGCAUGAUUAAUUUUUUAAAUUAAACGCAUGCACAAGAA